AUGGCGGAGCCGAAGUUCAAAAAACACGACAGGGUACGGUUCCGUGGCCUUGUAAAGAGCACAGAUGACAACGGAAAACAAGGAACCGUUGUGGACUAUGACGCGAAAUUGGGGAAAUACUCGGUGCUUGUGAACUGGCGCGACAAGUCCUACAAGGUAAAAGAGGAGAACCUGGAGAAAGUAUCGGACGAUGCUGUUCCAAAGGCACCCGUUGUACCUGAAAGGUCACCGUCCAGUGCCAAAGGUGAGGGCGAGGCGUCUCAGAAGAGAGAGACACGAAGCAGGAGCAAGCGCAGGAGGAGCAGGUCCCGGUCCCGAAGGCGGAGGAGCCGGAGCCGCUCCAAGCGCUCGCCGCGCCGCUCGCGCUCGCGCUCGCGCGGCAAGCGGUCGCGGUCGCGGCGGAAGAGGAGCCGAAGCCCCAAAGCGAAGGAAGUCGCGGGAACUUCCGUUGCAAGUACAGCGCCUGCGACGGCCGUUCUCGGCCAGGACCAGACAAUCCAAUCCAAGGCCGCAAAACCCACAGAGGUCGCAACGCCAUCAGCCUUUCAAGAGAAAGGAGAUCGGAAGGGCGGAAAGGGCGGCAAAGGCAAAGGAAAAGUCAGCGGCAAAGACCGGACCACCCAAAUCUCGAAGGCACUGGCGCGUGUGCUGCGACAUACUGCAGCGAGCCAGGGUAUCCAGAUCCGUGCAGAUGGCUUCUGCAGCUUAGAGGACCUGUUGAAGCUCCAGGACUUUACCGCAUUGUCUUGUAAUGCGGAGGAGGUCAAAGUCGCUGUGGCCUCCAACGACAAGAAGCGCUUCGAAAUCAGCGAAGAGUCCGGCAAGGUUUUUGUCAGGGCCGUGCAGGGACACUCCAUGAAGGCAGUGGCAGACGAGAGCCUACUUUCUCGUCUGGGUGCGGCUGAUGCCGACCUUCCAACAGUUUGUGUGCAUGGCACAUACCGGCGCAAUUUGGAGUCAAUCAGAAGGACUGGCUUGAUUGCUGGUGGCGGAGUGUCCGAGCGCAACCACAUCCAUUUUGCUCCGUUCGAACCACAUGAUGGCAGAGUUAUCUCUGGUAUGCGAUACAACUGUGAGGUUGCCAUCUAUAUCGAUUUGCGAGCUGCGAUUCAGGUGGCUUGGCAGCCUGCAGCAAGUUCCACUGCACCUGCAUCUUGCUGCGUCUUCCCUCUGUCUGCCAAGUAUGGAAUUCCGUUCUUCCGGAGCGCGAAUCAAGUGAUUCUUUCGCCUGGGAAAGAUGGAGUGCUUCCAGCUGCUUUCAUUUCUCAGAUCAAAGAUUUGCAAACGGGUGCAAAGUCUGUUGCUUGCGGCCAGUGCAAGGGAGCCAAAGCGGUUGCGUCCGCAAAGCACCGACAGGCGAAGCGGCGAAAGGAGUGGCAGCAGGGCGUGAAGGAGGUGCUGGAGACGGUUCGCAAGCAGCAGAACAAGGAUAUCCAUCUCGGCUGGGACACGCUUGAUGCCUUCAAGCAGAGAAGGAAGCAACAACUGGAUGACGAGGCAAGAGUGUGGAAAAGUCGUUUGGAAGCAGAGCGAGAAGCGACAGCUUCCCAAAGAGAGAAGGACGGAAAGAUUUGGGUGCAAAAGUUCGCACAUGUGGAAGAAGAGGCCUCGUAUCGUCGAGAGGAGCUUGGACGCCGGUACUCGAAGAGGCUCCGGGACUUUCGAGAAGACCUUCAGCAGAGAGCUGAGAAUUCCCAGGAGGUCCUCGCCGAGAAGAUUCAAGAGGAGAUCGACAACAUUGUCUUGCAGCAGGACGAGAAAAACAUGCACUGCUGGGCGACGAGCUAUACGAGCAUGAUGAAAAAGCUGCGAAGGUCCAUUGCGAAAGAGCCCAAGAUAUGGAAGGAUGGCUUCAGGACCACGUUGAUCCAAAUGGGCAGAGGUGGCCAAGAUGCGAGUCAAAAGUGGGUCCGAAAGUUUCAGGACACGAUGCGAGAGAUGGGAGAGGCAGAGAAGGAUGAGGUGGCAGAUUGGGUCGAGCACUUCAAGAAGCUUCAGAAGCAGACUGGCCAGGAGGCGAAGUGGCGGAAACUGACGAAGGCUUCUCGGGAAUUGGCAGUCUCAAGUGCGAAGACGCAGAAACAUGUGAUGCAGACCAUUGAGAGAUGUCGGAAGGCAGAGCUCAAGCGCCUCAAGUGGCAAGCUUGGAAUCACAAACAGUGGGUCAGAAAGUUCCGGCAAGCAGAAGACAAGGCUUUCCAAAUGCAGAAGGAGGAGGAGCUGAGACUCACAGAAGAGUUUUGGCAGGAGCUGAAGCGAAUGGACUAUGCGUUUCUCUUGCAGCAUGGCAGAUGCCCCGCUUGCUACAUUGCCUUCAGCAACGGUAAUCACUACCAAACCGCGUGCCGCUGGAUAGACACGGGGCCUGGCUCCUCCCUGCGAUUCAAGUUUUUCUAUCACAGCAUCCUCUGGGAGGGCGACGAGGUUGACGAGCUCUCCUCUACGGCAGGAGUCUGGAUUCCUGUGCAAGUGAGUCGGGACUUUCUGCUGCGCGAGCCCGACUCUUCGCUGGAGGAGCCUCUCUGGGUCCAGUACGCGCACAAGGCGGGUGGUGAGCUGGCCGAGCUUGCUAAAGAGUUCGGUCUCUUGCCGUGA